AUGAAGGUCGUUUUGUUAAGCUUUGGACGAAACGCGACUUUGGGAUUCUACUACGCACUCAAGAUUCUGGGCUACAAGCCAUACCAUCAGCUCGAAGUCUUCAAGAAUGGCGUACCCCACGUUCGCAUGAUGAACGACGCAGUCCGCGCGAGCUCUCAAGGGAUCGGCAAACCUUUCACCCGUGAGGACUUUGACAAGUUCCUGGGCGAUUUCGAUGCCAUCACCGACAUCCCCGCAUGGUUCCUCGAGGACCUCGUCGCAGCCUACCCUGACGCCAAGUUUGUCCUCACUGAGCGUGAUCCCGAGGCGUGGAGAAAGUCCGUGGCCAAGACUUUCCAGCCACUGGGCGAGUUUUGGCUAUCGCCUAUGAUUCGCCUGGUCGGAUUGUUCGACUCGUAUACGUACUACAUCAGCAAACUGACCUACAGCUUCGUCUACGUUCUCUAUGGGGGUUAUCUAGGGCCCGACAAACAGAAAGCUCAGCGCAAGGCUGUCAAGGUCUAUGAGAGACAGAUGGUCAAGGAACUCAUUCCAGCGGAUAAGCUACUCGUGAUUAAACUGGAGGAAGGACUUGGAUGGGACAAACUUUGUCCUUUCCUCGGUCACGAUAUUCCAGAUGUUCCUUAUCCCAGAGUCAAUGAAGCAGCAGAGUUCCAGGUCAUGGUGAUGAAAGACAUGAUAGCGUCGUGGAAGAAGACUGCGCUCAAGAUUGGAAGCUUUCUCGUUCCCUUGAUAGGGGCAUCGAUUUGGCUCUCAAGACAAUCUUAG